AUGGCAACACUACCACAGCAGGCUCCAGGGCCGGGCCCAACCGCCCAGGCCCUGCCUUCCUAUCUGUCGUACUCUGCCGCUGCCACCAACACGAUCGUAUACACUUCGACCAUCACACAAGUGGUGUACGACCCACAGGGCGGGUUUGCACCCUUCCAGACAAUCAGCGUUGUGCGUGGCACGACGACCUCGGUGGAUUACUCGGUGGUCAAUGUGCCGCUGUUGUAUACGGGUCCCUUUCCGGCGCCGGAUUUGGGCACGUUGUAUACCACGCCAGGCCAGGUUUUAACAUCGCAGCAGACGAGUGCGUCGCCUACGGGGAGCGUGGGAGCAAGUAGUUCGUCUGGCGUGUCGACGAGUGCUCCGUCUGCAACGUCGACAGAGUCGGCAUCUGCUACACCUACGGGGUCUAUACCUGCUUCGACAGAUUCUGCGAGCACGCCAGCAAACACGCAGGAAAGCUCACUGACCGCUCAAUCAGCACCCUCGACAGCACCUUCAGAUAGUACUGCAUCAAAUCCUACCGCCACGCAAAACACUUCACCGUCUUCCAGUCCACCAUCAUCAUCCGUUUCAUCCAUUCUUACAUCUCCAACAACAACUGGCCCUUCCAGCUCCCCAUCUCCAACUAGCAGCACAUCCCCGACCAGCAUAAAUUCCGAUUCCACCAGCAGUACCAGCCCCACUUCCACCACGACAAGCGGCACGCCCUCCAGCAAUCCUUCGGCAACAGCAGCUGGCCUACCCGGCCCCAACAACAACGGUCUAUCUGGCGGUCAGAUUGCAGGUAUUGUUCUCGGCGCCUUUUUCGCCCUCCUUCUGCUUCUGUUGCUGUUACUAUGCUGCUUGCGCCGCCGGCGACAGAGCAGACGAGAGCAGCGAACGGUGCUUGCAGCCGCCACUGGAGGAGGCGGAGCCGGAUCGGGUGGGCGGCCACAAGCGGCUGGAGGUGCGCGAGGAAACUAUUCUGCCCUCGGAGCGGGCGCUGCCGGUGCUGCUGCUGCCGGUGGAGCUGCAGCUGCAGGCGCAGGCCGACGAGGCAGCUUGGGCAGCGACGACUCCGAGCAAGACCACCUCACCGGCGGUGGAUCCAGUCCCGGAUUCUUUGUCGUCGGGGGCCGUAGACUCGGACCGGACCGCCGUGCCAGCAUCGCCUCGCACCGAUCCACGCGGUCCAACCGCAAUUACCAAAGCUACUCGGCUGCCAACACGCCACCCUCGACCUCCAUCAGUCACAGCGGCGCCAAAACAGCCGGGCUCGCCGGGCUCGCCGCCGCAGCCGCCGGAUUCGUAGGCGCUGCCCUGGGUCGAAAGAAGAAGAACAAUGCCCGUGGCCGCGUCGAGAUCGAAGAGGAGCCCGGGUUCAGCGACGACGAUAUGGGCGGAGACGGUAGUAUGGCGGAGCGAAGGGGGUUGAUGCCGUUCCACGAGCUGGCGGGGGGAGGCGACGAGUCGGGGGCAGAGAUGACCGAGGCUGCGCAGGGUGUGUUGACGAGCCCUGCUGCGGCGAUUGCUGGUGGUGCGGCAGGAUACGCUGCCGCUUCUGGCCAACGAGGUCAGCAGGCUGGAAGUGGUAGUCCGCAGAGAGGGCAGUUCAUGCCAGGCUAUGGAGCUGCAGCAGCAGCAGCAGGCGCGGGGAGCAUGUCGCGUGCCACAUCCAGCGCACUCUCCGGCUCAGGAUCCAGCAGUCACGCUACCAACGCCACGGGCAGCUCACCAGCUUCGAACCGACUCGGUGGACCGACCAUCAUGAGCAGCAGCAACAGCACUGGCGGUCUCACAACCAGCGGAAGCGGUACGAGCUUGCCACCGCCCCCCCGGGCUCCCCGUGGAUCACCACAGAGCUCUUCCGCUGCCACUACUACAGCCGCCGGCCCUGCUGCGCCUCCCACUACAACGUACGGCAAUAUGGAGCCGUCUUCGUCAGCUGCAUCGUACGCGCCCCCCGCAAACCCACGCUUCUCCGCCGGCUCCACGGACAGUGCCACCUCGGGACUCGGUGGUGGCGGCUUCAGCCACUCUGAGCUGAUGGGGCUGGGAGGAGGAGCUGCUCUGGGCGGACUGGCUGCGUUGGCGGCUGGACACAGGGAGAGCGAUAGCAGCACGUACUCUCGACGCCGUCCGCCGAUGGUCGGUGGAGCAGAGGUGCGUGGCUCGCACACGUCCGAGCUGUCCGCCGAGGAGCUGAGCCACUUGCGCUCGACCGAUCCGGAACGCUACAGUCGCUUCAUAUCGACGGGCAGCAACCUUCUGGGGCCGAACUACCAGCCUUCGCCCGAGCUCGACACCAGCGCUUCUGCCGACCCGGCUCUCGAAGCAGGCACACUGGGCGCAGCAAUGUCCGCAUACCCGCGUUCGUCUCGGCUAGCCACGAUCCGCAGCGUCAGCGAAUUCGGCGAGAAGAGCACCGAUGCCGACGCUCCCACCACGCAGAGCAGCGGGCAUCGGACGAGCUCGACGCAGCCGCUCUCUUCGGUGGGAGCGGCGUCUGGAUCGCUCGGCGCUUCAUCGGCGAGAUCGAGGGUGAUUUCGCCACUGCCCGUGUACGAGGUGCAGCAGCUCCAGGCGGGCGAGACUCUGCCGCACUACAGUAUGCAUGACCAGCCGAGGCGUUCGAGCGAUGCCGUGUCGGAUGCAGCAGGCCGCUUUGUCACGCCUCCGGACUCGCCGCGGAACACGCUCGGUGGCGGGGACCGGCCGAGCGAGGAAACACAAUCGUACGCCGACGAUGGCGAGGGCAAAGUUGACGAUGCGGGAGAGACAAACGAUGCAGGCAGACAUGGUGGCACUGAGCUGGCCGAAGCCGGCGUGGCAAGCGCAGGGAUCUUGGGCGGUGUGGCGGCAGGGUGGCGCCGCUUGACGAUGGGACAGUACGCGUGGGUGCCCGGAGCUUCUCCAUCCCGGAACCAGCGCGCAGCCUCUUCAUCGCACCGAGACUCUUCCGUCGACUUGGACGAUCUCGAAGGCCGCAUCAGCCACGACCAUCCGCAGCGCAACGUCUCCGAAGACUCGAGCCGGUUGAUCCACCAACGCCGCGCUUCUCGCAUCGAGUCGAGCGAGGCAGGUCUAGCUCCGGAAGUGAGAAGUCAGCAUGCCAGCGUGUACGGUGCAUCGAUCGGCGGACAUCAGACGAGUGGCAGCCUGCCCCACGCAUCGUCCAAGGAAGCCUCGGGCAGCAGUGGCGAGCAAGCCAGAGCAGCAGUAGGCACGGCGGCACAGCGUUCGCACCCGAGCCUGUCGAGCCAGAGCUCGAGUGCGCGUUCUCGCGGCGGCGGAUACGCUGCCAGCCACUCGAACUCGUCAGGCCGCCGCACCACGAGCGACAAUUCCGGUCUCGACAGCCUCAGUGCCGUGGCGCAACUGAGCUCGCAGAGCGUCAGCAGCGGGUCGUCGCGGUCGGGUUACCGGUCGAGCAACCGCGGAGGCGGCGGGCGCAGAUCCGGCGGCGCCCUCAGCGAAGUCAGCUUGGCCAGUGGUGCAUCCACGGGUGCAGCGAGCUACAGCCCCAGUGGCGGCGGUCUCAGCCGCGGUAACACGGCGAGCACGCGCGAAGGAACCGCACCCACGGGCAACGCGACCUACCACGCGUCUGGCUACAGUGGCGAAGCGUCGAGUCUCAUGGCAGCAACGGCGUCGGAAGCCGAGGGUGCAAGCAGUCGAGCGACGGGAGGAAGCAGCGUGCUCGAUAAACGCAAACGACCGCGCAGCUCGAGUGGCGAUGGUCUGAGUCGGCUGGACAGUCUGCGUGAGGUGCGCGAGGCGCCGUCGGAUCCGUUCGACGAAGCUUCUGCUGCUGUUCCACCCCUCCCUGCUCCCACCGGCGGCCACUAUCCCAGCAAUUCCCUCGGUGCAGCCGUAGCCCGCUCCGCCGCUCGAGACUCUCAGCAACAGCACGCUCCUGCAUCCACCAACGAGUAUCUUCAGUCGCAAGCCCUACCCCAACGAAGCCGCAUCCGAUCCCUACAGCCCAGCACGCCCGCUCCCGCAGCAACGGCACUCGCGCCGUCGCUGUCGACGCCUUCGCUCGGCUCGACCAGCAGGACAAACCUUGACACCACUGAAACUUCGCACUUGACGGCGGGGAUUCCGGCCUCAGCGAGCUGGCGCCCCUCGCCCCGUGUUGCGAGCGCGUCGCAGCGUGCCGCGGAGGCUCAGGCGCUUUGA